AUGAUUUUAAUUCAAUUUGCUCUUCUCUUCAUAUCAAUUAUUAAUUUGUCCAUUUCUACUAGUAUUAAUUGCAAAUUUGAUACUUCUCCACAUAGUAUUGAUGCUAGAUUAGUUUCAAGAGUAGAAUUUAAAUUGAUCCAAAUAAAUAAUUACACUUCUCAAUUGCCAUAUAAGGCAAUAACUGGCUUAUCCGAUGUUAGUGGGAACUUCAGCUUUGAUGAUUUACCAAUAAACCAAGGUAUUAAUGAAACAACUAAUUUUGUAUUAAUGUCAUCAUCAAUUGAUUAUAAUUUAAAACCAAAUAGAAUAUUGAUUCAAUUUACCAACCUCGUUUAUCCAAAUGAAACAAUUGAAUUGAAAGUUAAAGCAUUUAAAAAUUAUUUUGGAAGAGAAUAUAUUGCCAAUCCUAAAGCUAUUAAUCCAGAUCAAUUAGUUGAAAUAUCAGUUGAUCCAUAUAUCAGACUAUCUUUAGUCCAUGAGGCAUCGAGCAGACUCUAUUACCAAUAUAGAUCUGGAUCUUUAUUAACAAGCGGACCAUUGGGUAAUAUUUUAAAUUCUCCUUGGAAGAUUGCUGGUAUAAUAGUCGUACUAUCCAUUAUGAUAUUCCCUACGCUAAUUGAAAAAUUAGAUCCAGCAGCUUCUGAAUUAAUGAAAGAAGAGGCAUUAAAAAAGAAAAAGGAACAAUACGUUGUUAAAAAGUAA